AGAUGAUACACGGAACCAGCUAUGAUAGCCUACGCUACUACAACCUGUACGUCGAGCGCGGGUGUUGUGUUUUGUCUUUGUCAAGUUAAAUGAAAUAGGUUUAACUGGAUGAAGACCGCAGUAAUCUUCCAGGUGACAUGAGUUAAGCGUAAAAGUAGCCAACGGGUUUUCUUUAUGAACACAAGGAGGAGAAAGAGCAAGCAUGAAGCGGAGCAAGCAGUGGGAUAUCAAAUCUGCCAUGGUGCUGGCAGGGGCAUUCCACUUCCUUUAUUCAUGUGGCAGAGCGUGCCUGAUGCCAUUCCUCACCCUGUAUCUCAGGCACUUGGGUCUCAGUGCCUACAUGGUUGGCAUCGUCAUGGGCACCCAACACCUUAUCUGCUUGAUAUGGCACCCCCUCUCCAGCCUGCUUGCCAGGCACCAUGACAAGCGGCGGGUGGUCAUCAUCGGCUCGUUAGUCUGCUCGGCUGGACUGGGCUUGGCUUUCCUGCUGCUGCCACCCUCAGGGGACGCAACUGGGGCCAGUAUCUGUAACUCCACCUCUCCCCUCGCCCCCAGACCCACCACGGGGCCUGCCAGCAGCCACCCAGUGAGCCACAUAACAGUGCCCCCGCAAAUCGCCACUCCUGGCGCUCCCUCCAAAUUAAAGCAGACUGUGUCAGCUCAGCACCUCACUGGCAUGGCCACUGUAGGAAAUGCCUUCACCGCUAUUGUCCAGAACAGUAGUGGAAGUGGGGAAGCUAGUGCAAACGUGUCUGUUAGUAGUGUGGAGAGAAGAGAGAACUACACAAAGGGGAGUGUUGCACCACACAGCAGAGCGGGCAGGUCUCGGAGGCACGCCGAGGUGAUGAAGGAGGUGACGAAGGCCCAUAAUCAGUCUCUGGGCAGUCUGAAUGGGAUGGAUAACCAGCACCAGCUCUUCUUCCUGGUGCUCAUAGUGAUUGGACUGUGGGUGAUGGCAUCUGCCCCUCUGGAGUGGACAGCAGACGAUGGACUCUACGACUACCUGGAUUUUGUGGAUGCCACCGACCGGCAUGGCCGGGUGUGGGUGUGGAGGUUGUUAGGAGGGGCGUGUGGCGUGUUCGGAGUAGGGCUCCUGGUCUCUAACCUGGACUGCUUUUUGUUUGGGGGCGCGAGGGUGCCCAGGGCUGCUGUGCAUUUCUUUAGCUACGCACUGCUGAUGCUUGUGGUGGUCCCCGAGGCCACCUUCCUCCCGCUCUACCUCAACCACAAGCAGGUGCAGCAGCGCGGAGGGAGGACAAACAACGGGGUGAAAGCGCUGCGGCUGGUCAGGGACGACCCCCGCGCCCUCCUGUGUGCCGUCACCGCCUGCCUGGUGGGCGCGGCGGGCGCUGCCGUGGAGGACUUCCUGCCGUGGCAGAUCCAGGACGGCGGGGGCAGCGAGCUGCACGUGGGCGCGGCGCUGGGCCUGGCGCUGCUCUCCCAGGUGACCUUCCCGCCGGUGCUCCGGAGCGGACGCGUCGUGCGGCUCCUGGGUCCCCACAGCCGCAUCCUGCUCCUGGGGACCGCGGCCCGGGCGUUCCAGUGCCUCUACUACUCCUUCCUCGGGGGCCCGUGGGCCGUCCUCCCCGCCCAGGCGCUGGACUGCCUCAGCAUGGGCGCCUUCUGGUGGGCACUGGAGGCGCAGUGUGAGGACGUGGCGACGCCUGGCACGGAGCGGGCCGUGCGGCGGGUCUAUCAGGCCCUGGCGCUGGACCUUGGUGCCGGGCUGGGCAGCUUCGCAGCGGGGCUGGUGGCGGAGAGGUUUGGCAUGGCUGUGCUCUUUCAGGGCCUGGCGGCCGGCCUCGGCCUCUGGUGCGUCAUCCUCGGCCUCUUCCAGUGGAAGGUCCCCAGGCAGCGGAGGAUCAACUACUCCCGCCUCCUGGCGGCAGACGCCAGCGAGGUGAGCGACACGGAGUCCGAGCAGGAGAGAGACUGGCUGGACAAAGCUAUCCAGGAGGAGAACAGCAAGAACAGUAACAACAACAGAAGUAAUUCCAGGCAAUGACUGCUGCUCUCCCCUCAGAACAUAAGACAUAAGAAAUGUUUCAGAUUCAUACAGGGAUUUUGAUUAAUUUGACCAAGUGGAAACAAAAAUUGGGAGGAAAAUGUGUCUUAACCAGUCAGUAACUGAUGAUACUGCAACCACUGGGUUAGUACAGGUCAAACUCUUUAAUUUAUUUUCAGAGGUGUAAUUCUGAAAGGUUGUUAUGGAGACUACUCGAAUAAGAGUGAGAAUAGGGAAAUCAAAAAUGUUUUGACUCCAAUGUUAUCAAUGACUUUACUAGGGAAUAUGCUGUCUAGUCUGUGGAGUGCAACAUCAUUUUGUUUAUCUUUUUGAGUUUUUGAUUAAUAAUGACAUUUUGAUAAUGUUCAAAUGUUUUGGCUUGGGCAGUGUCUGCCUCGACUUGAUGUCUCCUUCAUAUGUGAAAGCACUUAUCUUAAAUAAAAGUUUUGGAUAACAGCAGAA